AAGUCAUAGAAAAAUUUGAAUCAAAACUGAAUCGAAGGCACGAAAUUUAGAGUUGUUCCGCCUGUUCUUCAUUUCUUCAGAGACAGAGACCAAAUGGUGCGGAGAAGAGCUUUCGGAAGAGAAGAAGUUGCUUCCGUGAUUGUAAGUACUCACGCUCUUAGGCCUUUUCUCCACUUUCAUACUCGCACUUGCGCUAAUAUUGCUACCAGAAAUAGCAAAGCAACACCAUUCACACCUCAAUUUCGUCAAAUUGUGAAGGAGCAUUGCAAAUCCGGCGUUGUUGGUAGUAUUGAUGAUGCCAUAGGGUUGUUCCAUCGCAUGGUUCGGAUGAAACCCUCGCCUUCCAUUAUCGAAUUUUGUCAAUUGUUGAGUGUAAUUGUGAGAAUGAAACAUUUUGCCACCGCAGUUUCCCUAAUUAAUCAAAUGGAAUCUGUAGGAGUUAAGCGCAACGCGUAUAGUCUGAACAUCCUGAUGAAUUGUUUUUGCAGCUUGGAUCGAGUGGAUUUUGGUUUCUCUGUUUUAGGAAAAAUGUUGAAGCUUGGUUUGGAAAAUGUGGUUACUUAUCAGACGAUGAUAAAUGGGUUAUGUAAGAUAGGGGAAAAUAAUGCAGCCCUUGAGCUGCUAAGGAAGAUGGAAGAAAGAGGUUGUGUGCCAACUGUAGUGGCUUAUAACACAAUCAUUGACAGCCUUUGCAAGGACAGGCUAGUAAGUGAGGCUUUCAGCGUCUUCCUAGAAAUGAUUGGUAAAGGCAUUGCUCCAACUGUUGUCACCUACACCUCAUUAAUCCAUGGCUAUUGUAGUUCAUGUCAGUGGAAAGAAGUUACUAGAUUGUUGAAUGAAAUGAUAGAUAACAAAAUUGCACCAAAUGUUUAUACCUUCAACGUAGUGGUUGACAACCUUUGUAAAGAGGGGAUGGUUGCUCAAGCACAGCAUGUUGUUGAAUUGAUGAUUCGAAGAGGUCUAAAGCCUAAUACUAUAACUUACAAUGCCGUAAUGGAUGGAUUUGUUUUGCAAGGCCAAAUGGACAUGGCAUUGAAGGUGUUUGAUGUGAUGGUAGGCAGAGGUUGUUUGCCUACUGUUUAUAGUUACAGCAUCUUGAUUAAUGGAUUUUGCAGGAGUAAAAGAAUAGAGGAAGCUAUGAAGAUCUUUGAAGAAAUGUCUCAAAACAGAUUUGUUCCUAACACGGUGACUUUCAAUACUCUUAUAGGUGGCCUAUGCAAAGUGGGCAGGUCACAAGAUGCACAAAUGCUUCUAGAUAAGAUGCAAGCUUAUGGCCAAAUUCCUGAUAUUUUUACGUACACGAUUUUGUUGAAUGGCUUAUUUAAUAACAAAUAUGUUGAAGAGGCAAUGACAUUGUUUAGAGCACUUGAAAAUAGUGGUUUGGAUCCUGAUAUAGCAGUGUACAAUAUCCUUAUUUUUGGUUUGUGCAAAGUUGGGAAACUUGAAGUUGCAAAGCAAACCUUCCUAAAUCUCUCUGCCAAAAAGAUACAACCUAAUAUUCGUACAUAUAAUAUAAUGUUGAAUGGGUUUUGUAAAAGAGGAUUGUUAAGUGAAGCAAAUGACUUGCUUAAAAAAAUGGAAGAGAGUGGCUGCUUCCCAGAUAGUUUCACUUAUAAUAUAAUUAUCCGAGGACUUCUAAAAAAAAAUGAGAUAUUGAGAGUGGAGCAAUUCCUUCACAUGAUGGUUGAUCAGGGUUUCUCAGUGGAUGCAGGCACUAUGACCAUGUUAUUAGAGCUGCAAUCUGUUGGUAAAUUAGAUAUAUCAUUUUUUGAUAUGGCGCAGUAGCAUUUGUGAUGGUAGUUAUGAAGGUGAACUAAGAGCUAACACUGAAUGUUGGGAUGGAGGUUCAAAGCUUAUUACAAUUUCAAAUCUUGAAAAAGGAGUGUCAUAUCCCCUAAUCAUUCAUAGUCAAGUUUAUACAAAUGGAUGUUCCUUGAUAGAUUUUCAUGUGGUUAUUACUAAUGAGUAGUAGAUGGUGAGCUAGUUUUUGUGGCGACGAUUGAAUGCUAAAGUGGGUCAGCUGGUGAGGGACUAUGUACGUAAUUAAAGAUAUUUAGAUGAUGAGUUGAUUUUUGUGGCAAAGAUUGAAUGAUGAAAUGGAUUCAGUUGGAGAGGGACGAUGUAGUUGAAGAUAUUGGAGAAAUUUUAAUCAUAUGAUGCACAAUUAAUUUAGUUUAAACAUUCCUAUGGAGGGGAAGAGCGAGGUUACUAAGUGAUAGGGUUAACGCUUCUAAUUCAUGAUUGCAUGUUGGAUGUAUGCAACAUAUGUUGCUUUCCAAAAAACCCAAAGAUAUAUAAUUGUGUGUUCCACACAUUAAGUAUAUACAAGAUAUUCUUACUUUUGAUGGAGAUAUGAAGAUUGAAGGCUUAGUUUUUUGAAGAUUGACUGUCUUAUGCUUUUAUUUUUGAAAUAUUUUAAGUUUAGAGAUUUAUAUUAAACCUCUAUAUGGAAGUGUACAAUUUUAUUUUUGUAUUUAAUCUUUAUAUGUGGAUAACAAGUUUUGUGUU